GAGUCGGACCUGUGCGGCGGUUGGUUCGGUCGUCUCUGCUGUGUAGGUGGUUCUCAGGCGCGGACGGGUUGGCGAGCUGUGACGUGUGCUGCUGAGGCGUGUAGCUGUGAGUUUUUGUGAGUUGUAGCGGCGGUGGAGUUGUCUGCCUAGAGCGGCGUGAUGGCAGAUGCACCGUCGAACGUAACAGCGUUGGAGGCAGAGAAGGACUCUGAGAGGGGUGAUGAGACUGAGAAGACUGAGUUAGUGGCAGACAGUGAGAAAGAGAGACCUGCGGGUGCUGAAGACAAGCAGACAGACGCUGGACCUGCCGCGGCGGUAAAGGAGAACGGGAAAUCCACUGAUAAGCAGUCUGAAAACGGCCGUGCAAGUCCAGAAGAAGACUCCAGCACUGAGCCCCCAGCUAAGAAUGGCAGGCAGAGUCCGUCCUCUAAUAAGAAGGUGGUGAAGGAAGCUGAGUCUGCGGAGCCUCAGAAGUCGCCAAAGUCCAGCCGGGGAGCGGUUGGCUCGACAACAGCGGCCGUUUCCACUCCAGUCAAAAAGAAACCAACGCAGAACGACAUUGACCUCCUCCAGGGUCUGCUGACGUCUCUACUAGACGCGGCCAGUGAUGUUCAGGACGAGGUGCGGGCCUCAGUCAGCACUGCAAUAUUCACAUUGGGACGGAGUAAGCCGUACGAUGUGCUGCUCACGGUCUUCAACUACCUCACUGCCGACCGGCCCAAGGGCUUUAUGCAGCGGAUCUGCAUCCUGCAGGCCGUCGAGGAGAUAUGCCGUGAUGUGGGCGCCGAACUGGAUGACCACGAGGUCAUGGAAAUCGCGCCCCUCAUCGUUAAUGAGAUGGUCAGCAGCAAAGAGGUGAUACCACAGAUCCAGCAGCCGUGCUCCGAGGCGCUGGUCGGUCUCGGACAGAACCACUGUUUCCAGGUGAUGGAGAUUCUUACCACCAAACUGGAGACGUCUCAGCUGCCGCACUUUUACACGCUGCAGACCAUGGGCUCCCUGGCCACCUCCAACGUCUACACCAUGGUGCCCUUCCUCAAGGGCAUCCUGGGACCCAUGCAGCCCAUGCUCAACAUGGUCAAACAGGACAACCUCAAAUGGGCAUUCGCCUUCGUGAUUGCGCGAUUCUGCGAGUGUAUCACUGAGUACCUGGCCAACAUCGAUAAGGCGCCCGACCCGCUGGUCAAAAAGGAGUUCUACUCCACAGAGAUCAACUCAGCGUUCGACAUUCUCUUCAACUCCUGGCUCACCUCCAAAGACUCCAAGGUGCGACUUCAGGUGGCGGAGUCGAUUGGCCAGAUGGCACACAUCAUGGACACGGACAAGCUGUCCGAGUCGCUGACCAAGCUGCUGCCGGCGCUGCUGCAGCUCUACAAGCGCCACUCGGAGCCCUACCCGGUCACCUGCGCGCUGGCCAUGGUCCUGGACGCCUCGCUCAUCACCGGGAAGCACGUGCUGGAGCUGCACAUGGAGGCCAUGCUGACGGCGCUGUUCCAGCAGGUGUGCGCCGUUCCCGACUACACGCUGCCGCUGACGGUGAAGAAUCAUUACGAGGUGCUGCGCUGUUGCGACACACUCGCCAAGUGCAGCCCCGAUCCGGUAGUGAGCUUCUACCUGAACCGGCUGGGACACAGCUCGGAUCGGGUGCGGACCGGGUCGCUGACCGUGCUCAAACAUCUCAUCAACGCCUCCGAGUUUGAGCUGGCCCAGAAGGUGCCCGAUAUCGAAGGAGGGUUACGCCUGCUGCUCAUGGACCCGUCGAACAAGGUGAAGAAGGCGCUGACGCAGGUGAUCAUGGCGCUGGCGCACCGCGGCUUUCUGACACAGCAGGACGGCGCCGUGUUCGUCGAGUUCAUCGUGCGCCAGUGCUGCCUGCCCGACGAGCCGCCGGCGCGCCGACCGGCAGAGGCUGACGUGACGGCAGAGUCCCUCCGCUCCAUGUGUGAGAAUGUGCUCCACCUGCUCAGUACGACCGUGGACCAGAUGCUGCCGCUGCUGUGGCCCCACCUUCUCGAGUACCUGACGCCAGAGUAUGCCGGCGCGCUACCCACGGUUAUUAAAUGCGCGGCGCAGCUGGCCGGCCGGGCGCGGAAGAUGGACCCCGAGCCGGACAUCUACGCCAACAACCCGAACCUGCACCAGCCGGCCACUCUGCUGUCCUACCUAAUGGUUUGGCUCGGCUGCCCGGAGCCGGGCAGUCGCGGACACCACACACUGCAGCUGAUGGAAGGCGUGGUGAACCAGAUCAACACCGGACUGGCUGAACUCUGGGACCUGCGGCUGCCAGAGCUCACCGAUAAACUCAACGAGAACUACGACGGCCGGCAGCGCCGCGAGUGGGAGCAGUCUGUUCUCUCCUUCCUGCGCGAGUCGCUAGUGGCUGUCGACAAUCAGGAGUGGGUCGACCAAGUCGGCGCGCUCGGCAGGUUCUCGCCGCUGCGGACGGCGGCCACCUCAGCACUGGUCAUCAGCCCCCCUCCCCCACUGGCCACCCCAGUGGCGGCCGCGCGCAAACAGAUGGACUCGGCAGACGUCGGCGCCGCGAUGGCCGGUCACCUGAGCUCGACGCUGUACGCGGAGCGGCCACGCGAGCGGGCCUUUCUGAUGCGCUGUAUGGCCGCGUGCGUGUGCCGCCAGCAGCACAAGAAACUGGUCUGCGCGCAUAUCGACUCAAUAUUCGCGUCCGUGAGACACGCCGAGCCGUGCGAGCGACAGGGCUGCGCACAAGCACUGGGUCUGAUCUCGUCCGUCCACCUGGACCCGGUGCUGGCCAAACUGGACCAGGUGGCGCGCGCAGAGCUCUCCAAGAAACCCACCGGCCUGCUCGGCUUCAUGAAGGACACCAAGGGUGAGGCGGCCCAGGAGCGGAUGCGCGCCACGGUGAUCCUGUGCUACGGCCAGGUGGCCCUGAUGGCGCCCCAACACCUGCUGCUUGAGCGCUUCGAGGUGCCCGUGUUCCGAGACCUGCAGACCUUCCUGCCCAACUGCAAGACAGCCGAGGUGCGUCGGGCCAUCGUGGAGACCUCUGGUGAGCUGGCUCGGGCACUCCACCCGGACCGUCUGAAGGAGCGAUACCGGUUCAGAGGCCGUGACCAGCUGCUGCAGUUCAUACUGACGGCACUGAGGACCGAACACGAGCUGGAGGUGGUGCACCAGAUACUGGCCUCGGCCAGGGCGCUCGUGUCUCUGGACCCCGCGCUGACCACCGAGGACCGGACCGGUCUAAUGAAGACAGUGUUUGAGGCCGUCUACCCCGUCCGUCGCGAACUUCCUCAGGACCACGAGUCCACGGCCCAGUACCAGAUUCACAGGAAGAUUGUCUCCGAGCUGGACCGCCUGGUGUGCACGCUCCUGCUGCGCGACGUCUCGCCGGCCGUGCUGGACGACCUGGUGACGUCACUGGUACCCUGGGUGACGUCACAGGCGGCGCACGAGCGGGCGCACAGCAUGUCCACGCUGGGAAUGGUUCUGCAGACCUACCUGGACAACGUGCACGUCGGAGAGGGGUUGGGCCCGGUGAGUUUCUGCGUGGGUGGACAGCUGCUCGCCACUCUCGUCCCGCGCUGCGUCGACCCCGAGCUCACCAUACGGCCCAUCGCCUUCGACGCCGUGCACACCGUGCUCAAGAUCCUCUCGCUGUACGAGGGCAGUCAGUGGGACAUGGAGGCUAUGGCAGAGCUGCGAGAGAAGAUACUGAACGCCGAGGAGGCCAACAUCAAGGAAGACAUGGCCACACUCUCCCAGAUUCUGAGUGAGCGGGUCAGCUCGACGCAGAUCCGCUCGUUCUUCGAGACCCUGCUGCCGGGUCUGUUGGACGUCCACCCGACCAGCUCGCUCGGCGGAGCCGUCACCGUCACCGUCCUACUGCGCAUGCGCGGCGCAGAGUUCUACGAACACGUGCCGGAGGUGCUCCGCGGUCUACACACCAAACUAUCCGAGAUAACGCACCCAGAGACGCGCCAGGAGGUACUAAAUGCCGUUCAGACGCUCUCAUCUCAUCACAUCGUGGCCGUGACGCAGGCCCUGCUCGCCUACCCGUUGCCUUAUGACGAUCACGUGACCGACUGCUGGCGUGUGAUCGGCCGCGACUCCCGGCUCUCGAGUAACAUCCUGCAGCAGUUUAUGGAGCUGGUCAGCUCGUCUGCGCCCUAUGAGGAGCAGCGGGAUCCCGGCCGUGAACAGCCCGUCCGUAUCGCCAUGCUGCAACCGCUCUGUGCCAUCAGCGCGAUGACGGAGCUGUUUAGUCUGCCGGAGCUGGCGGACGCGUGCGGCCCGGACGUGCCGCAGCUGCUCUCUCGGCUGCUGCUCGCCCAGGCCGCCUACGUGGGCGUCUUCCCUCCGGUCUCCGGCGCCAUCAACAAGAACCAGCCGGCCCACUCGUUCGUGCCCAACCGCAGCGCCUACAAACUCAGCCCGUUCAGGAUCGCCAGUGAGGCUCUGCUCUCGUUCCUCCGCUGUGUGAAGCUCACGGAGCUCGCAGAGGUGCUGACGUCACACUGCGAACAGCCACACGAAGAUCUCAACCGCUACUCGGACUUUGUCAUCGACUUGUCCAGCGCUCUGGUGACCCACAGUGCACACCUGAUGGCGCCCAUGGUGAAGUGCCUGGCACCCGACCUAUCCAGCAUGUACGAGGCACAGCGGAUCGCGGCUGUGGCCUUCUACGGAGAGCUGGUGCACCACCGGUGCGCGGGUAACUUGUCUCUGAUUGAGACCGUGCUGACCAGCCUGUCGUCCCGUCUGAUCGACUCGUCACCCGUGGUGCGGCGGCUCUGUCUGCUCGGACUGGGCCACAUCAGUCACCUGGAUCAUCCGGGGGGAUUCGGUGUCGACUACACACACUUGAUCGGCCAGUUCGCCCAGCCGGUGAUGUCUGCACUGCUCGGCGGACUGGAUGACCGCGAGGAGGCGGGUGACGGUAUCCCUCUGCAGGCCAUGACCGCCCUGUCCGGCGUGCUGAAGGUCGUCUCUAGCGAGCAGGUUCAGCACACGCUCAUACCAAUCACCAUACGGAUACGAGUCUACUUCGAGAGCGAGUCUGUGGCGCUGCGCUCGACCUCGCUGGGCCUGUUUGGCGCGUGCUCGGCGUUCUGCCAGGGCGGCCUGCACGACCAGUACAUGGAGCAGGCGCACAACAACCUGGUCUCGCUGCUGAUCCACCUCAACGACCCCGAGCCCAGCGUCGUGCUGGCGUGCAAGUCGAGUCUGCGCCAGGUGGGUCCUCUGCUGGACGCCAAGGGCAUCAACGCGAUGCUGCAGAAACACCUCAUCGACGAGGGGAAGCUGCAGUACGCCAACUUCGUCAGCGACCUCUCCAAACUCAUGGUGGAGGAGCUGGAGCCGAAGCUGCACAUGUACAUCAUGAGUCUGCUGGCCCAUUUCCGCUCCGGAUGGACGGAGCUAAAAGGAACUGCCGCACUGCUCGUCGCGUUCCUGUUGUGUAACCUGCCGGCUGAGCAUCGCUCCAACGUGAAAGUACAGCCGGUCUGCUCGGGCCUGAAGAAGCUGCUCCAGGACUCUGAUUGGCACGUACGAUCACAGGCCGCCAAGGCCAUCUCCCUUCUGCACGACUACUGAGCCGGCGUUUCUCGGGUGAGACCUAGGAGACUUCAGGACUUGUUAGUGAUGACCUGAGAUGGCCUUACCUGAGCCGGUAUUGUGUGACCUUGGGUGAGACCUGAGGUGACCUCAUGACUACUGAGUGAUAACCGGAGGUGACCUUACCUGAACUUGACGGCCCCGUUGUGAGGAGUCGCUCAUGACCGGGUCAAAGCUAAUGACUUCUCACAGGGAAGGUCGCGUUGUGCGCGUGUGCGUGUGUGUGAUAAUCUGAAGCCCUUCCGGACGCCUCCAUAUAAUUGUGAGCUCUAUGGCUGGAACAUCUAUUGAGCUGCAGAGUUUUGGUCCGGACUGGGGACUGUUGCGCUGGGAACUUUGUGUCUGGACCAAGCCGGGGGUGACUUAUCUGGUUCCCGACUAUCACACGCAGGCUUAGGGCCUGUCUGUCAGACUUGCCAUGGUCGGGCCCUCUAAGAGCUGGUGGCAGUGGGUUGCUCUUUGAGGCCUUGCCACAGUCUCCCGCACGAAACUCUAGUCGCACAAUGUCUUGAAGACAAGCUCUAGACUUUCACGGUUGCAUUUUCCCUUGCCUCAGUGUGUACAUACGUUUAUGGUAGGGGCAUUCACCAGAAACUGUAUCGUUUGCUUAUCGAGUCAGAACCUUGACUGAAGACUGCGAUAUUUUGUCUUGUUUAUUGGUUAUAUGAAUCGUUGGGUAGUCGACAACGCAUGAUAGUUAAGUAUAAUCAUAAUUAUGGCUAGUCGCGCUGUCUGCACUAUCGGCUGUUGCCUGAUCGACAGUGAAUCAUUGGCAGCCCUCCAUCGUAAUUACUGAAAGUGACUGUGAAGGCCGCCCACGACUGCUCUGAGUCGCCUUUUGCCGCGGCCGGAGCGCCCUAGCCAGUCUGUGGUCGCGCAGGAUCAGGCAGUGGCUCGGAUGGCAAUGUGCGGCAGUGCAGUGGCCGCCUACAGAACACUCCCACACGGCUGUGAGGAUGAGACAGUCGCUUCUGAGUUGUGAGUCCGUGGCCGGCGCUACUGGUGCCGUGGAUCGCGGCUGGAAUUCGUACCUCGGGGGCUCCGCCGGAGUGCUUAUCCGUGUUUCCGUUCAUUGUAUUCGCCUCGCUGUGUAUCGGUAAACUGGGGUUUCCGCUAGUUGUUGUACGCAUUCCGCGCUGCUCGCCGCUGUAUAUUAUGUUCUGUGCGGCCCGUGUAGGUGAUAUUUAUGCCGAUAGAUGGCAGCAGCUGCGCCAGUGCCUUGCGCCGGACGCGCCGCCGCGUCACCAGUUAUCUCGUGCAAUGUUUGUCCCUCUCGCCGUACACCGGCGGAGUUGCGGUGUCCGAGGCCGGCGCUAGUACGAGGCUUCGGUAGGGAUCUCGGCUUGGGGGUGUUCUGCGCCGGCGCGUGUGAUACUUUAUAUCAAACGGCGCAUCAGGUAUAUUCGUUUGCGCCGUGUGUUAUUCGGUUCGCCUCUGUAACUGGCGACCUCCGAGGCAUUAUAUUAUUAUCGCCGAAUGGUUGUUGAUGAGUGGUGAAGUUGAAAUAAAGAGCUAUAGUUGGAAUAA